CAGCUCAGACGGAAGUUCUUGUGCCUGUUUGCAAGUGGACGAACACACUGAACUGUGAUCAUGGCUGAAAACAACUUCCCUCCUCUGCCUCGAUUCAUCCCCCUCAAGCCAUGUUUUUACCAAGACUUCAAUGAAAUCCCAGACCCACAUCGCACCAUGUGCAAGAGGCUCUACUACCUCUGGAUCUUGAACAGUGCCACACUAGCUGUCAAUCUGAUUGGCUGCCUGGCAUGGAUGUGUGGAGGAGGCGGGGCUACAAACUUUGGGAUGGCGUUCUUGUGGCUCAUACUCUUCACCCCUUGCUCCUACGUGUGCUGGUUUAGGCCCAUCUAUAAAGCCUUUAAGACGGACAGCUCUUUCAACUUCAUGGCUUUCUUCUUCGUCUUCAUGGCUCAAGUGGUGAUCAGUAUCAUCCAGACUGUUGGCAUUCCGGGCUGGGGAGUAUGCGGCUGGCUGGCAACCAUCACCUUCUUCAGCACCAACAUCGGCUCAGCUGUGGUGAUGCUGAUCCCCACAGUCAUGUUCACUGCAGUGGCCGUGCUCUCCUUCAUCGCCCUAACAAAGGUGCACAACUUCUACCGCGGCAGUGGGGGCAGUCUGGGUAAAGCCCAGGAGGAGUGGGCCACGGGGGCCUGGAAGAACCCCCAUGUCCAGCAGGCAGCUCAGCAGGCAGCCAUGGGAGCUGCACAGGGAGCCAUGGAGCAGAACCAGUACUCUGCAGCUCCCACCUACAACUACGACGAACCAAUGUAG